AUGGCGUACAACCCCCAGGUCUCUCUCAUCAUUGCUCGUGCCUCUGUUUUCACAAACAAGGUGUGUGAAAAUCCUGAGGAUUACCCUCGCUAUCUACGUUGCUUUCGUCAUAGGCGUCUGAUCCCAUCCUAUACCCUAGAGCCUGCCACUUUCUCCAGAUACCAGCUGAGGGUGGAAGAGCUCAUUCAAGCUCUUGGCUGGAGCUUAGUGAUGGAGCAACAACGUUUUACUUAUUGCCCCGAGGCAGUUCGUAUGUUCUAUGCGAGCCUUCGUAGAGACCACAAUCCUCGUCCAGCUUUCUUCUCCUCAACUGUGUAUGGUUUCAGCCAUACUGUCACCGUGGAGUUGUUAUCUCAGACUCUGCAGCUCUCAAUUGAAGGAAGAUCACUCAUGAGUGAGCAUGAUUUUUAUCUCUAUCUAUUCAACCCGAAAGAUGCCAUCGCUCGGCUUACCUCUGUCGAACCAAGUGACUCGAAUUCCACUCUACUCUGUCAUCUCCCUGAUGAAUUGAAAGUGCUACACUUCUAUAUUACUCGUAUAUUUCUCCCUCGCACUGUCCAUCAGUCCGUGGUCACGCCUCUGGAUCUCUGGAUCAUGUCUAAUGCAGUGUCCAAUCGAAAGCUUAGCCUGCCUCAUCUCAUGUUCCAUCACAUGAUCACUUAUAGUGAUAUCAACAAUGCUGGGUAUCUACCUUAUGGUCCUCAAAUCACUAGGUAUCUUCGCUGUCUAGGAGCUAAUCUCGAUGACAAAGUUCAACUUGUCAAUGUUUUGGACACUCUACGGGCUCAGCAUGUACUGCGACGGGUAGACGCUUCUGUUGGCGUUCGUAAACCUCGCAAUGACCAAGGGGGAGUAGCUGUGCGAAAAUCAAAAUCAAAGGACCAAGGAAAGAGGAAGCUGGGAGCUUGGAUUAAGGGGGAGACUUCGAAGUUGCAGGGAAAAGGCACCCAGAUCGAUUCUCGCCCAAAAACAGCAGGGAAAAGUAUCAAAAUCAGGGACAAGAUGCCAGAAAAUCCACCCCUGGAGCUUGAGGAACCAGAGGAAGAACCUGAAGAAGUUAUGGAGGACAAAUUCUCUGAAGAAGCUAUCUCGGACUAUGAGUCCGAUCCGGAAUAUGACUUCUAG